UGUUAUGCAGUGUGUGACUAGGCUAUGCUAUGGGAACUCCCAUUGUAGCCUAAGAAAAACGUUACAAUGUAGCUAAUAUGGGUUAAUAUGUAGCCAUUGAGCCAGUGAUUGGUUAAAACGUGGGGCUGGAAGAGAGGUCUUUAGAUCAGAGGCCACCUAACCUAACGUAGCAGGCGUAUGAGAAACCGUCCCUUGUCAAAGUUCAGAUUUUAUAAUAGCAUAACAAAGAUGAUGAAAUCAACGCUGCCUUUGUAUUAGGGCUUCAGCCUAUUGUUGCACUGGAAGACAGAUUUAUAACAACUGUUGUUUAUAACCAUGACGACAGAAAUCUCCACCUCCAUAAACAUCAAGGAGCCUCGAUGGGACCAAGGGACGUUUAUGGGCCGGGCCAAACACUUCUUCACCGUUACAGACCCCCGCAACAUCCUGCUCACCAACGAACAACUAGAGAAUGCACACAAGGUCAUCAGUGACUACCGGCAAGGUGUGAUGUCCCCCGGGCUGACAGAGGACGAGCUAUGGAAAGCCAAGUACAUAUUCGACUCCGCUUUCCACCCAGACACCGGAGAGAAGAUGAUCCUGAUUGGCCGCAUGUCGGCUCAGGUCCCCAUGAACAUGACCAUCACUGGCUGUAUGAUGACCUUCUACAAGACAACACCAGCUGUAGUCUUAUGGCAGUGGAUCAAUCAGUCCUUCAAUGCAAUAGUCAACUACACCAAUAGGAGUGGAGAUGCUCCUCUCUCCGUUAAUCAGCUUGGUACAGCCUAUGUUUCAGCUACCACAGGGGCAGUAGCCACUGCUCUUGGACUAAAUGCACUAACAAAGCACAUAUCUCCCCUCGUAGGGAGGUUAGUUCCCUUCGCUGCUGUUGCUGCUGCUAACUGUAUCAACAUCCCUCUCAUGAGGCAACGGGAACUGAAACACGGCAUUCCGAUAACAGACGAGAACGAUAACCGGUUAGGAGAGUCAACCACCGCCGCUAAGCAGGCUAUCUCCCAGGUGGUGGUGUCUAGGAUCCUCAUGGCCUCUCCUGGAAUGGCUAUCCCUCCAUUUUUAAUGAACACCUUGGAAAAGAAAGCCUUCCUGAAGAAGUUCCCAUGGAUGAGUGCACCUAUUCAAGUGGUCUUGGUGGGAUUCUGCCUGGUGUUCGCCACUCCACUGUGCUGUGCACUGUUCCCCCAGAAGAGCUCUAUGUCAGUAAGCCGAUUGGAGCCAGAGCUUCAGGAGAAGAUCCGUGUGAGCCACCCCGGGGUGGAGAGGGUCUACUUCAAUAAAGGACUAUGAGUGUCCAGCCCAACAGGAGCCUCCUUGCACUGCCAUACUGCCCUCACAGCAGACACCACCCCAAGUAUCCUCAUUCUGUGUGCCAAAGUUAAGUUUCGCUUCUCAUCCUCAACUCUCCUCUUUUCUCUACUUUGUUUCCCUCCUCCCCUCACCCUCUCUCCGUCUCCCUCCUCCCCU